UUUUUUCCAGUUACAAAUUGUUACAAAUGAAAGGGUCUCAAACUGAAUUUGAGCAGCAGGAACGGUUGUUUGCCAUGUUGGAGCAGAAGAAUGGUGAAAUUAAACAUCUCUUAAGUGAAAUUAGAAAUCUGGAGAAAUUUAUGAGUUUAUAUGAAAGUAUGGAAUCUAAGCCUUCAGACAACUCUGGUACUCUGAAAGAUACUACCUAUUACACGGAUUUACUUCAGAUAAAGCUUGACAACUCAAACAAAGAAAAUGAAAGCACUAAAGGGGAAUUGUCUAUACAACGAAUGAAUGCAUUAUUUGAGAGCCAGCGGGCUCUGGAUAUUGAGCGAAAACUUUUUGCCAAUGAAAGAUGCCUCCAGUUUUCCCAAAGUGAAAAUAUGAAACUGAGAGCUAAAAUAGAUGAGUUAAAACUAAAGUAUGAACCUGAAGAGAAAAUUGAAGUGCCUGUACUCAAAACCAGGCGUGAGGUACUGCCUGUGGAUACAACCACCCCUAACAACGUAUGUUCUAACGGUGCUGUUGGGGAAGAAGUUUCUAGAUCACCAUCUCAGAAAGAGGAGGCACAGUCCUGUACUAGCAACUUAAAAGAUAACAACUUACAGAUAGAAAAGACAGUUGCUGUAAACAUACUAGGAAUUACUCUCUCUCCUCACAAAAACCUGACUGUGAAUAUUCAGCCAACGAAGGAAAAGAAAUAUGUGAAACUUGUAGAAGUUCCAGCCAUGAGUGAAAGAAGUGGGAACUCCCUUGGAAACUCCCCUGACUCUCACAGGUUAGCUACUGAAUCAAAGCUUCAAACAGAAGUUACAGAAGAAAAAGAAACUGCAAGAAAAUUGGAAAAGAAAACUUGUAAGAAAUCACACCCUGUUCUAUACGUGUCCUCUAAAUCAACUCCAGAAACUCAGUGCGCUCAGCAGUAAAGACUGAUCUUUAAGAAGAGUAAAAUAACACUUGCCCAAAAGGUUGCUUUGGAGGUUGUCUUCAAAUUAAGAUUGUCUUCAUCUGAAGUAUACCACCGUGUUGGUUAUUUCUUUCUACUUACUGUGCCAGGACCUGGCAUGUUCAUACUGUUUUGACCAAAUGUUCUAAAUUUGGUUGUGAUUCCAACCAGGAGAUUUCUUUAAGUGAUGGUCCUUUCUGGAGCUCCUGUGUGAAUAAACUAUUAAAUGAAGGAAGGUGUUGUUAUAAAUCUAUUUGUUGCAUUGUAUAUGGAUUUUUAAGUGAUAUUAACACAUACUAUCAGAGCCAUAUAUUAUAUUGUAACUGGAUUUUGUCAGUGUUUAAAGUACCUAUGUUCAUCUUUAUAUUUUUGACUCUAAACUUUCUAAAUAAAAAUUUUUUCCCUUUAAA